UUGCCAUCAAUCUUGACGACAACGCCUAUUCAUCCAUUUCGCAGACUCAUCAGUUCAAAGACUACGUACCGUGGAUCAGUUUCAGGACUUUUGUUGAAAUAUUAGCGAUUCGAACAUAAAAAGAUAGUCGGCGCAACAACCCCAGGCAACUUUCUGUUCUCAACUCUUCGACUCUUGAUUCGUGUCGCACGCAGUCUCUUCAGGCCAGUCAGCUACAAUGGAGGCAUCAACAACACCCAAACCGCUGCCUAACCGGCCAGACCAAAAGAUGCCUCCUCUCCCCAAAGGCUCCCGCAUCCAAAAACGUCCUCUGCCCGCCCCCCUCUCCCACCGCCUCUCCUCCUCCAAUACCUCCCGCUCCUCCACAAUACCCACCGACAUCGACGGCUACCGCCCUCCACCGCGCGCUCCCCACACGCUCAUUAUAAAAGUCACAUCCAACGCCCCAUUCAUGUCGCUCGUCAAACGCGUGCGCAAAGGAUUGGAGUCGCGAUCGUCCCUGUCGCGACAACAGUCUACCAAGGGUUUACCCCUAACGGCGAGGAUAGCUGCUCUGGAUACCACUAGUGGAGGCAGUAAAGAGGGAGGAAGCGGGAAUGGGUUGGGGCCGGUGGAAGACGCGCUGGAUGAUGUGGUUUUGGUGGCGACGGGGAGGGCGAUUCAGAAAGCGGUGGAGGUGGGGUGUUUCUUUACGAGGGAACGGGAUCUGAUGGUGUUGUUGAGGACGAGGACGGUGAGGGGGGUGGAUGAUAUUGUUAGGGUAGAAGAAGAAGAUGGUGGUGGGGAGGAUGGGAGUGAGAAAGAGGAGGGGAGCGGGGCGAGGGUGAGAGCUCUGUCCGUCCGCAUGGGGACUGAAAGACUGUCGGAUCAUGUUUUCACUGGAAGCUCCGUCGCGAUGCUACAGCCGACGGACAUGCCCUGCCUGGUCCCAGCUUUGUAUCACAAAAACCACAGGACUCGAGUGUUAUGGAGUUCGCAAUGUAAUCGGGAUGGGGGUCUGGCUGACUGUGUGAGGUUGUCUGAACCAAUCUCACAGGGUGGAUUUUCAGAGGAUGUGUCGGGAAUGCGUUGA